UCCAGUCUAGUUGGAGUGUGUAAUUUACUCUUGAUGCAUUGUUCUUUUCUAAUAGGUACUGUUGUUUUUUAUUCUUUAUUGGUUGUUCUUUUAUAUCUGCCCAAAUUGUUCUUUUAAGUUUUAAUGUGUUCUUUUGAUUGACUAAUUGAUUGUUCUUUUAACUCUUCUUUGAUUGUUCUUUUCAUGCCUAGUGUUCUUUUCAGUCUACAUGGAUUGUUCGUUUACUCUGUGCAUUGUUCUUUUUAAUGGCUACUGUUCUUUUAAGUUCUUUUGUUCUUUUCUUUUUCUGAUUUUUUUUAUUUUAUAAAUUUCCAGAUAUAUUAAAUAAUUCAGUUAAUAAUUCAGAACAAAAUGAUGCUAAUGAGGAUCCAGAAUCCUAUGUGGUUAUUGGCCAAGAUUUUGAAGAACCAGUUUCAUUAGAGGGAAGUGUAGUUAAGGAUGAUGAUGAGGCGUAUGAGUUAUACAACAGUCAUGCAUUUAGGAAUGGUUUUGGUACUAGGAAGGGUAAAAAGGAGUAUAGAAGUGGUACUAGAAUAGUUCGACAACGGUUUUUUGUUUGUGCAUACGAGGGGUUUAAAAAUCCAGAUGGUGUUGUGCCUAAAUCCUUUAAAAAAAUUGAUAGGAGAACUGGAUGCAAGGCUUCAGUUCAGUUUGAUGUUGAUAAGAAAACUGGAGUGUAUGUUCUUUCUAAACACCUUAUUAGGUCACAUAGGCACAUUUCAAAAGAACAAUUGGCUUUUCUUACUACUUUUACUUGUAGUGGCACGAAGCUUGCUGAUGUUCUUAGAGCUAUGAGGAAAGAAGUUGGUGGUGAGGCGAAUUUAGGGUUCACUGUUCCUGACGCGUAUGAUGCUGUUUUGGCAGAGAAGAAGAAAAAGUUGGAUGGUUGUGAUUCAAAUCAGUUGAUCAGAUGGUUCGCUAUGAGGCAAGCUAAAGAACAUGAUUUUUAUUAUGAUUUUCAAUUGAAUGAAGAGAAUCAGUUGAUCAAUUUUUUUUGGAGAGAUGGAAGAAUGCGGUCUGAUUAUGAAGCUUUUGGUGAUUUAUUGAUUCAUGAUACAACUUAUCGUACUAAUAAAUACGAUAUGAUUUGUGGGCCUUUUGUUGGAAUGAAUCUUCACACUCAAAAUAUCAUGUUUGGAGUGGGUUUUAUAUUGAAUGAGAAGGCAGGUACUUUUGACUGGCUUUUUAAUUCUUUUUUGACUUCAAUGGGAGGGAAGCAACCUGUGACUAUCAUGACUGAUCAAUCUUCUGCCAUGGACAAGGCUAUAAGGGAAGUGUUUCCAAAAUCGAGGCAUCGUUUGUGUACAUGGCACAUAGGGGAAAAUGCUGUUGUAAACAUCAAAGGUGUUAUGGCCAAAGAAGGUUUCAAACGUCGGUUUGAUUAUGUUUUGAAAUAUACUGACACAGUUGCUGAGUUCGAGCAUUAUUGGAAUAGUCUUAUGACUGAUUACAAUUGCAAGACACACAAAUGGAUAGAGAGGUUAUAUGAUUUGAAAGAGAAAUGGUGUCCUGCAUAUAACAAAGAGUGGUUUUCUGGGGGUAUUUUAUCUUCUCAAAGGAGUGAGACGACAAAUCAUUCUAUUUCUAGGAGGUUGCAUAAAACGAAUGGUUUAUGUGAUUUUUAUAAGUGUUUUUUAGAUGUAAUUGAUGAAUGGAGAAGUAAGGAGAACAAGGGAGAUUAUAAUUCUUCUACUGGAAAUAGAUAUUACGCAUGUGCGGAUAACAUGUUAUGUUUGCAUGCGCGGGAUGUGUAUACCAUUGCAAUAUAUUUGAUAUUUGAGCAACGAUUCAUCAAAGCAAUUGGUUUGAGGUGUCAACGCAUUUCCUAUGAGUUUCCAGUUUCUAAGUACAUUGUUGGGCAUCCUACAAAGGAUUUUAUUAGACAUGUUGUGAUGUUUAAUGAGCAAGAGUUGGUUGUUGAUUGUACUUGCAAGUCAUAUGGAGAGAUAGGAGUUCUUUGUUCUCAUAUUCUUCGAGUUUUCAUUGUCCAUAAUGUUGAAGAGAUUCCCAAACAAUACAUUAUGAAGAGAUGGACCAAAAAGGCUAUGAACAUGAUUGUUGAAGAAGGAGAAGAUAGAGAUAAUGAAGUAAGUGUUGUUUCUGCUUCAGUUUGGAGGAUGCAAAGCAUAAGAAAUUGCAUUAAAGUUAUAAAUGAAGCUCAACAUUGUCCGGCUGCAAGGAAGCUUAUUGAUUUGGGUGUGUUGGAUAUGUCAUGCAAAGUGAAGGAGUAUAUUGGUGGUGUUGAAGGGGAUGGUAAUGUAUCAAACAAGUAUGUGCGAGAAGAAACUCUACUUGAUGGCAUUGAGCCUUCAACAGACACAGUUUUGCCGGAUGUUGUUGAACCGAUUGCUGAAAAAGUCAUUCCAACAAUGAUUCAAAAUCCACCAAAGCGAAAGAGGAAGAUUAAGAACGGGACUGAAAAGGCUAAAGAGAGGAAUGUGAGACCUAAAGGAAUUGUUGAGAAGAAACGCAAUAAACUGAAAGGUUGGAACAAGAGAAGAGAAAGACAUGUUGAUAAUUUGAGGGAGGAAACUCAGUCUACUGAUCAGUGUAUCAUAAAUUUACCUGUUGGUGGGGUUUUGGUUCAUCCAACAUCUUCAAAUUCACAAUUGGAAGCAUAUGUUCCAGAUGAUUAUUUUGGAGUACACAUACAACCUUUGUAGAUUCAUUUACGAUUGGUAAUAUUUUUAUUUUUAGUUUGUUGUGUUUUUAAUCAUUUGUUUUUGUAUUCUCAACAAUGUUCUUUUACUCUUUUGAUGUAUAUUUUUACGGGCUACUGAUGUUUGGCUCAUUCAAUAUUUUGAAAUGAGAAUUUUUAGUUGUAUA